GAGUUGGGGUUGUCAUAUCAUCAACCAUUCCGCAUCCAUGACAAGGUUCUUCGCUUUUUGGAUGUCAAUGUGUGUGUUCUGUGCUUCUGUGUGCGGCACAAAGCUGCCGGCGGCGGCAGCACAAAGCACAGGAGUUUCCAUUUGUACUUAGUAGAGAUAAUUGAUAUUCAAUUAGGUAUUGGAGCCUCAAGUAUGCUUGCUGUCUGUGAUGUAACAAUAAUCGUGUCUUGCAUUGCAUGAUGGGAGCUUGAAAUGUUUUGUAUCAAUGAUUUUCUCAUGUUACAUUGUUGCAAAGUGGAUGCUAAUGUUCUCAUACUUCUUAUCUUAUCUAGGUCCCUAUCCAAUUUUAUUUGUUCAAGAGUGAAGGCUCAACAGCAAGCGACAACUAUAAUAUAUGUGGCCGGAACGGCGGCAACGGAAGCAACGGACUGGAUCCCGACAGUCCGCGACGCGGUGGCAAGUGCUGAGGCAGACGAAGAACCUGCCUAGGAUCUUUUGGAGAAAAGCUUGUAGAGCCGUUGAAACUUGGUCGCCGUGGGUUGAUGUGGGGUGCUUCGGCUGGAGUGAAUGCGCCGUACUCCCCUCUGUAUAGCCAGUUGGUGGCGCUUGGAGCGGUGGUGUCGCUGCACACAGCUCCAGCUCCUCAGCGGCGCGCGGAUGUGGCCUUGGAGGUGACCGGUCUUGCUCAGGGAACUCCUAGCCGGGAUAGUAAUGGCGGAGCGAAGUCAAGGACACGGUGGUUGGCGGAGGAGUUCAUGGCGCGCUCGAACCACAUCAGCAUAGGUGCGCUGCACCUCCUCGGGCAUGUCGGGCACUAGUGACUCAGAGCAGUAUUUAGAGAAAUAAAUAAGGACGAGCAAGAGAUCCACUUCUCAGCAAAAUCCAGUGUUGAGAUGAUCAUUGUUCUGUUGCUGUACUUAUGUAACCAAAUUUCAGUACUCGCGGUAGGGAUGUGAAUCAUGGUCUAUACUACUGCCCUUCCAAGACUAGUAUGCUCCCUGCCUAUUCUAGAUGAUUCAGUUGAGCGAUGCUGUACUGAAACUGGGAAUUUUGUUCAGGAUCUCUAGCAGGUAUGGAAUAGUCCAAUUCGUUAUUCUCUACUCUAAAUAGAUGGUUUGUAAAAUAUAAACAAGCAAUACCUUUUUUGUAAAAUAAACAAGGUGUCAUUAAUAAUUAUUCUAUGGCAGAAGUGGUGAACAAAAUCAAAAGAAGUUGCCUGACUUGCGCUGCUUGUGCUUGUGCUAACGAAAAGAAACUAGUGAAUUCGUGUCCAGGGACCUCGCUCUUUGUCCGUGCGCGUGUGCACAAGGGAGACGAAAAGAAAACUAGCUAGCUGCCCCCCUUGGGCUUUACAGUUCAGCAGUGCGGCAGUUGGUAGGACUAGGAGUGCUUGCUGCCUUGCUCUCACCCCCGCAGUUCUUGCUGCUGCUGCUUCUUCUCCCCAACAACCCAGCCAUCCGCAGCCAUAUCGACACUGCAGAAUCCACACCACUCCACUGUGUGAGCAAUCGCAGCCUACCACCUGCCACUAUGGAUCUGGUGGUGGGCGCAUCGGAGUCCACCGUGAAGUCUCUGCUGGGCAAGCUCGGCAGCCUCCUCGCCCAGGAUUACACCCUCAUCCGGGGCGUCGGCCGCGACCUGCAGUACAUCACCGACGAGCUCCGCACCAUGCAGUCCUUCCUCCGUGACCUCGGCGACGCGGAGCAGGACCACCGGAUGAAGGACUGGAUGAAGCAGAUCCGCGACAUGACCUACGAUGUGGAGGACUGCGUCGACGACUCGGGCAACCGCAUCCACAACCCCCGCUGGCUCCGCGGCGACAUCUGCUGCUACUUCCUCGUCAGCAACGUCUACGAGGUCCUGACGUGGUGGCCUCGCCGCGACAUCGCCGGUAAGAUCUCCGACCUCAAGGUACGGGCGCAGCAGAUCAGCGAGCGGCGGCAAAGGUACGGCGUCAACAAUCCCGAAGCGGCCAAGGGUAAAAAUUCAGCUGCAGAGGGAUUCGACGCUGCUGGAAACCAGGACAGGAGCCUUGCUCUUGUUGCCGCCAUGGACCCCGUGGGUGUGGACGAGUUCAUGGAGAAGCUGGAGCACUGGGUGAAUGACGAGACAAAGAAGGCUGGUGUUCUGUCCAUCGUCGGCUACGGAGGAGUUGGGAAGACUAGAAUCGCCACCGCAUUGUACAAGAAACUCGGGGACCAAUUUGGCUGCCGUGCCAUGGUGACGGUGUCUCAGAGCUCCAACAUCGAGGCUAUCCUGGACAACAUAAGGAGUCAGGUCAAGCCUGAGAGCAACAAGGAUCACGAGCGACACGGCCGUUCGGAAGAGAGCCGUCUCGCAGCAGCCUUGGAAGGCUUGCAAGCUCAAAUCAGGAGAGGCAAGUCGACAAUUAAGGCCAAGUGCCGAUGCCUCGGCACCGCGCAGGAAACGGAGGGCGGCACCAAGCGAAACCAGCUCAACGACGAGCUCAAGGGCCACUUCCAGGAAAACAGUUAUUUGGUUGUGAUUGAUGAUGUGUGGUCUGCGACGACGUUGGAGAAUAUCAGAAAGGCAUUUCCUCAAACUGAUAAGCAUAGUCAUCGAGGAAGAAUAAUAGUUACUACUCGGUUCCCAGCAGUUGCUACAGCGCGUAGAGGACAAGAAGGCGAUCAUGUUCAUAAAGUUGUCCCUCUUUCCCUUAAAAAAUCCAUGGAGUUAUUUAACCAAGCUUACUCUGAAUCCAAACCAAGUCAAAAUGUAAGUGUUCCAGAUGAGGUAUGGAAGGUAUGUGGGGGUUUGCCAUUGGCAAUAGUGGCCAUGUCCGGUUAUGCGGCCUGCAACUCACACAAACAUCUGAAGUGGGAUGAAAUCUACACUAAAUUAUUUCCUGACAAGAAGAGGCGCGAAGAAUUGAAGAGUGGGGACAUCCUUAACUCCACCCCUGCUGAGGCGGGUAAGGAUACAAGGAAAGGUCUUACCCAGGAGGAGUUAGGCAGGAUAGUUAGUCAUUGCUACAAUGAUAUGCCUGCUGAGAUCAUCACCUGCUCCCUGUAUUUGAGCAUAUUUCCCAAGGGCAGCAGGAUUAGCAGGAAGCGCUUAAUAAGACGAUGGAUAGCUGAAGGCUUUGUUAGUGAGAAGGACGGGAUGAGUGUGGAGGAUGUUGCUGAGACGUACUUUGGCCAUCUUGUAAGGAGGAAGAUGAUACGAUCAGUGGAGCACAGCAACAGCGGGAAGAUCAAGCAAUGUGUAGUCCAUGACAUGGUUCUUGAGCACAUUGUAUCCAAGGCAAGUGAAGAGAAUUUCAUCACUGUGGUUGGGGGCCACUGGCUCAUGCACCCACCAAGCAGCAAAGUUCGCCGGCUGUCCCUCCAAGGGAGUGAUCCCAAGCGUGCAAAGGAUACGGAAAAGAUGAACCUGUCCCAUGUCCGGUCACUCACCAUGUUUGAAAGCUUGAAGCAACUGCCCUCCAAUUCGUUCAAGUUUGGAACAAUUGUGCAGGUCCUGGAUCUUGAGGGCUGCACGGAUAUCAAAGAGCAACACGCCAAGGAGAUAUGUGGCAUGUUUCUUCUCAAGUAUCUCAGCCUCCGAAGAACAGAUACUAAGGAGCUUCCUAAAGCUAUUGGAAAGCUUCAGAAUCUAGAGACACUGGACAUAAGGGAGACAAAGAUUGUUAAGCUGCCUAAAGAAGUUUGCAGCCUUGAACGACUCAUCAACAUACUUGGCGGUGACAAAGAAACACGCAGGGCACUGAAGCUCCCAGAAGAGUUUGUGAAGAAGCAGAAGAUGAAGGGCUUGCGAGUACUAUCAGGCAUUGGGAUUGUUGGGGAAUUAGAAGACCUUCACCAUUUGACGGACCUGAGGAAACUUGCCAUUUACAAGCUCGAACUCACAGGCGAUAGUGCGAAUUUGAAAUUAAGUUCCUCUAUCCAGUACCUCUGUGGCUACUCUCUGCACACCCUUGUAAUCCAUGAUGAGUCAUCCAAGUUCCUCAAAUGUCUGGAUGAGAUGACAUCUCCACCAGAAUCCCUUAUUGCCCUUGAGUUAUGUGGCAUGAUGGUUCAGCUCCCUGUUUGGAUCACACAACUUGAUGCUGUCACUAAGUUGACCUUAUCAAUAACAGCUCUCCGGACAGACAACUUAAGCAAGCUAAGCAAUCUCAAAACAUUAUUCUCCCUCACCUUUACACUUGCUGCAGAAAAACAGGGUCCAGAAAUUAUGGCCAUUCUUGCAAAAAAUAAGUUGUUCUCAGAUGGGCACAUCGUAUUUCCGGAUGGUGGAUUUGAGAACCUUAAGCUUCUUCGCUUGUGUGCUCCUGUCGUUCCAUUGGUGAGCUUUAUGGAAAAUGCCAUGGCAAAGCUUGAAAGGCUUGAGGUGCGGUUCAAAAUAUUGGAGGGCAUUUAUGGCGUAGAGAACCUUGCAAGACUCGAAGAGAUGUAUUUGAGAUUAAAUGACAAAGAUGGCGAAGCUAUGACCAACCAUAUAGUAGAAGAGAUGAAGAGUGCAGUAAGAGAAGAUCCUGCCAAUAAGUCCGUGGUCAGGAUAAUCUUUCAUAUCACCACGACAGAUUAAGACUAAUAUCAAAUUGUUUGGGUCAUUUUCUGAGUCAUUGCGAGCUUCCCGUGUAUCAUCAUAUUGACAGUUAUGCAUGUUUGAAAAGUCUUUAGUAAAUUACUUGCUUCAGGUGUUGCAUUUUACUCUCUUUAUUUUCAAACUUAUUAUGUACUUGUUCUAAUUAGUGUAAGUGAUGAACUUACCAGCCCUUUGUCGCAGGUUUACUUAACACGUAUCAGCACUUAAGCUAAUAUUCAGUUUUUCAAA